AUGCCUUCUCUCAAUAUUUUCUCUUCUUUCCCCAAGAAGGAGGACCCCAAGGUGGAUGCCCAGAGGGAGGAGGAUGCUGCUGCUGCCAGGGCUAAAGUUCUGAGAGAUCUGGAGAUUGAGAAUGGCCGACUGCGCCUGAAGAACGCCUCCCUCCACAGUGAGCUUAUGGAAGUUUACCAAGAGACCUACCACACCGCCCGUAGAGUCGAUACUACACGAGCUCUUUUCAAUUCGACUCUCGGCAGGCUGAUGGUUAUAGAUCAGCAAGUGGAAGCCGCCUUCGACAUAAAAGAGACCAGGCAUGCGGUCGAGAAGAAUGCCGAUGUCAAACCAGUCGACAAGGCCAUUGCUGUGGAGUGGCUCAAGCCUACUCAGGUUGAGCGGACUGUCAUCCGAGCCAACCUUAAGCAGUGCAUCAAUGCACUUGAGAAACAUCUUCAGAAGACGACGUAA